UGCAGUUUACGGGGUUUCCCAAGCGACAUAUUGAGUUGUAGUGUAGAACUAGUACUGUAUUCAUUUGAAGUGAAGCGAGCUAUUCUUCUCCCUCUCUCUCUCCCGAGCUCCUCCUCCAUCAUUUUUCGGGAGGUACGGACUGUAACGGAACUACCAUCACAGGAAAUGGAACCGCAUCAUCGAACACAGGACUUUGAAGAAAUAAAUGAUGAUGCUGAUAACUUGCGCUUGUACCAGCAGCUGUACAGCUAUGCUACUCAUGGCAACACAAAUAGAUUUAACGACACUAUUGCAAAUGAGCUUCAUGAUCCUAAUGCUCGGGUUCAGCUUCUGUCUCGACGGAGCCCCCAGAAUAACACAUUUGUUCACAUAGCUGUGAGCUCCGGCCAUGUUGAACUAGCAGCCAAGAUCUUACAACAACACAAGCCCCUUUUGUUAGAGAAAAACUUUGAAGGCGACACCGCGCUCCACAUUGCGGCCAAAGCUGGGGAUAUAGAUACGACAACAAACACUCUUCUCCGUGAAGCACGAGGAACAACAAACGUUGAAAAUAAUGGUGAUGUAUUGACGUUGCUGAGGAUGAAAAAUAAUGAGGAAAACACUGCCCUGCACGAAGCCCUGAUUCGAGGUCACCAAUUAGUAGCCAAGUGUUUGAUAGAGGCUGAUCCUGCCGUUUCACUUUACACUAAUAAGGAACAAAAGUCCCCUUUGUAUCUGGCCGCUGAACAAGGGCUUGUUGGGAUAGUGAAGCUAAUAAAAGAAAAAGUAGUUGAGAAGAACACAAAAAUUCAAGGCAAGUCCCCAUUGUUUGCUGCAAUUCUAGGCCGCCAGAAAAAAGAAAUCCUAAAGAUAAUAUCAAACAUGGAAGCAAAUAAUUUGAACUCAAAAGAUGAGAAAGGGAGGACUCCAUUGCAUUGUGCAGCAUCAAUUGGCUUUCUAGAAGGGGUUCGCUUCUUAGGCAGACGUCUUGUGGAUUCUCAUCAAAAGGAUCAUUGUGGAAACUUUCCGAUCCAUUGUGCAUCAAGCAAAGGUCAUGUCAACAUUGUUAAAGAGCUGCUUCGAUAUUGUCCCGAUUCAAUGGAAUUGAGGAACUCAAGUGACCAAAAUAUACUUCAUGUUGCAGCAAGAUGUGGCGAGGACAAUCUUGUGAAAUAUUUUCUCAAGAAGGUUGAGUUUCAAAUGUUGAUAAACCAAAAAGACAACAGAGGAAAUACUCCUUUGCACUUGGCAAAGAUGUACCAUCAUCCCAAGGUUGUGGACCUUUUUAUUUUGGAUAGGAGGAUCAACUUAAAGGUCUUGAAUGAUAGGGGCAUGACAGCUCUUGGCAUUUCAGAAAGCACUUUGGAAACUAGUGCAUCAUAUCAUGAGGUGAUACCUGCUGUAAAAGAACCAAAUGGCGUGAUCCAGUUAUAUUCCUCAGAGAAAAAUGCAAGAGGCUCAAGCAGCCUACCUGAACUUGAUCAAAUUUUGGUUGAGCCAGGUAUGGAAACAAAAAGAACUACUGCCGCUGCUGUUCAGAUUCAGCACACAGCAGUAGCAACAGCUUGGUGGCUGAUAAAUAGACUGGUAAAUUGCUUGGAAUACCCAAAAACUUGGUUGGAAGAGACACGUAGCAUGCUGAUGAUUGUGGCAACCAUGAUAUCAACUACAACUUUCCAAGCUGCAGUUAACCCACCCGGUGGUGUUUGGCAAGACAAUAAUACAAAUAGUAGCGCUGGAGGCACUACUUAUUGCACCCAAAAUAACAUAUGCUUUGCUGGAACUUCAGUGGCAGGCAGCGCCUUCCCAAAAGAGUUCCUCGCGUUCGUAACAUUCAAUACCGUCUCGUUUCUUGCUUCUCUUUGUGUCAACCUUUUGCUUGUUGGGGGAUUUCCCCUCCGGAAUCGCGUAAUUAUGUGGCUUUUAUCAAUGGCCAUGUGUCUCACUCUCACUUCUAUGGCACUCACCUUUUUACUGGCUAACCUGUUAGUAGUUCCUAAUACUGACAUUCUCGUUUCACAAGGAGUUAUAUCCCGUAAAUCCGCUGUGUGGGCUUGGAUUGCGUUGCUUCUAACCAUUGCUUCAAUCCACACCAUUCGCUUAAUCAUUUGGUUGUCAAGGAAGUUGUGGGGCAGGUUCAAGCAUAAGAUCCCAAAAAGCCUCAGGAACGUGGUUGAUAGUUUGGUGGAUAGUUCGAGAGCACGUCACCGUACCAACAAAUUCUGAGGAGAAUAUACGCCUGUUGUUUCCUUGUGUGUUGGAGGAACUACACCGGAUUGCUAAAGUAAACCAUCUAUUUGACGAUGGUGAAUGUGUUUAACGAGAACCAGCAGGUUGUGUUUGGCUAGUGAGCUGUGUUUGCCUUAA